AUGGCCGCUCCCCUCUCCGCUAUGUAUCGGGCGCGCAUCCUCAAUAUGCAGCCCUUGCUGCGCUCGCGUUUCCAGCCGGUGCGCUCGCUCCAUAUGAAGCCGACAGCGCGAAUGAUGCGGCCUGUGCCGAAAGAGGAGCACAGCGCUCACACCAUCUCGCAACGUAUUCGGACUCUCAAGAAGAUUCCCCCAGAGCUGAUCCCCCUUGGUGUCGUCUUAGCCAUCGCCGUCGGCAUGGCCGCCUUCUCGAUAGUCAGGAAGCUUUAUGCGGACAAGACUCUUCGUCUCAGUAGGACGCGCGGUCACAAUCAGGGUGAGGAUCACCCUUGA